UAUAUAAAUACACACCUAAGUUCUAACAUAAUAAUAUUUCAUUGCACAUAGCCACAUAGUUACCCUGGUACUCACUAUUCAUGCAAUAGUAUUUUUUUUAUCGCAUUGUUCUACACAAUCUACACUAUAUGUUUUCAUGUUGUGUUUUGUUUCGUGUUUACGUUCAAUAAUUACUUUUAUUACGUAUUUUUUUACCAUUUUUCUCAGUCGAAUCAGUAAUUCGGUAUUUUCGUUGAUGUGCGUUGCGGACGACGUUUCGUGGAUGUGUCUUGCAGUGUUAUAAUUGUUAUCGUCAUUGUUACAUCUUACAUGCGCCAACCUGUCUUUGACGCAUCCGUGACGACAACAAUAAUAAUAAUUUAAAUAAUAACAACAAUAAUAAUAUUAUUAUUUUAUCAUCGUCAACUGUCAAGUGACAUGAUGUUCGUCCGUGGAAAACACCCGUACGACGUACCUAUCGGUACGCUGCUUGAUGGUUUUUCCGCGGUUCGCCGUGACUAAAAUUGUAUCGCAUAUUAGGGAAUAAUCACUGUUGCAGUCGUGAAUCAUAAUAACGCUCUGCCAACGGACCUACAUCACAUCGAAGAAAGAUCGUCUUCCUGGUCCGACGGAAAUGCACAAAUACUAAUCAUAUUUUGAAAAAAUGGAGUUAUCUGAUUCAUCUGGUAGUUCAUCAACUGUGACUCAGUCUAUGUGUCAUGUACGAGCCUCUGAAUUGUAUCCAAAAAGGGAUUUGGAGACCGAUGAGAGUCCUCCAACUUUAGAACCACCAUUGGUGCCUUUUGCUCCUUUAGCUGGUGAAUCUGUUGAAUACUUAGGUCGCGGUGCCAAUAACACUGUGUUAGCACUAUCCAAUUAUCGUUUUUAUCUCAAAGUAUCUAAAGAAGGGUCAAAACGAAAAAGAGGCAUUCAAGACAGCAACAUACCAUUGGGUCUUAUUGAAAUGAUUGAAAUAAAAGAUCUAUUUUAUAUUAUAAUUAGUUGCAAAGAUGCUCGGACAUGCAGGUGUACUUUUACUACCAAUGAUUUAUGUUUGGAAUGGUAUAAGCGAUUAACCAGAGUAAUAGUAUCACCAAAAAAUGUUCAAGAUGUUUUUGCAUUUGCAUUCCAUGCUUGGGCCAUUGAGGAUCAAUGUAAUGAAGAAAUUUCUUUAAGCUUAGGCCAUGAUGGUGAUGAUGAUUAUUUUAUGAAAGAGAUUGAAAGACUAAAUAUAAGUGUUCUAAGUGAUAACUCUAAAUGGCGUAUUUCUAAAGUAAAUUGGGACUAUAAAUUAUGUACCUCUUAUCCAAAUCGAUUAUUGGUUCCUUCUUGUAUUUCUGAUCAAACCUUGGAAGCUGCUGCUAAAUUUCGUAGUUCCAAACGAGUUCCAGUUAUUGUAUGGAGACAUAAGAGUAAUGGAGCUAUUUUAGCAAGAUGUUCCCAACCUGAAGUGGGUUGGUUAGGAUGGAGAUCCUCUGAAGAUGAAGACUUAUUGAAAGCAAUUGCUGAAUCUUGCCAAAACAAAUCUAAAAAACCUAAAAAAUUAGUUGUAAUUGAUGCACGAUCAUAUCCAUCAGCUGUAGCUAAUCGUGCUCGAGGUGGAGGAUGUGAAUGUCCUGAAUAUUAUCCUGGAUGUGAAAUUCGAUUCAUGAAUUUGGCAAAUAUCCAUGCAGUCAGAAAAAGUUUUCAUUUACUCCGUCAACUAUGUGCUUCACCUCCUGAUCUUCCAAACUGGUACAGUUUACUAGAAAACACACGAUGGUUACAUAAUAUAAGUGGUCUUCUUCAUGCUGCUAACACUGUUGCAGCAACUAUUGAAUUUGAAAUGCAACCAGUUCUUGUACACUGUUCAGAUGGUUGGGAUCGUACUCCUCAAAUUGCUUCUUUGGCCGAACUAAUGUUGGAUUCAUAUUAUCGAACUAUUGAUGGCUUUCGUGUUUUAUGUCAAAGAGAAUGGUUAGACUUUGGACAUAAAUUUGCUGAUCGCGGUCAAGGUGAAGAUCCAAAUGAACGAUGUCCGGUAUUUAUUCAAUGGUUGGACUGCGUGCAUAAUGUGAUGUUACAGUAUCCCUGUGCUUUUGAAUUUUCCAAAACGUACUUAGUCAAAUUAGCGCAACACACAUACUCAAAUCUUUUUGGUACAUUUUUGUGCAAUAGUGGUGCCGAAAGAAAACGUACGGGGAUAGGUACUGCUACAUUUUCUGUAUGGAAAUAUUUGGCUGCGUCUGCUGAAUGUAAAAAUCAUUUAUAUUCAUCUCAACCUGAUGACGUUUUAUGGGUUAGUUGUAAUGUGAGAGAUAUAAACCUUUGGAGAGAUUUAUAUGUUGGACCAUUUACUGAUGGGCCUCAGCUAACAAAACCUACAGAAAUAUGUAAUUCUAUAUUGGAAAUGGAAGGCAUGAUUGAUCCAUUAAUAAGAAUUGAUCAACAACCUAUUGUGAUAAACAAUGAAAGUCCAUGCAUAGAGUUUUCAAAGCCUGAAGAUAUAUCUUUAGAUGAAAGAGAUGAUAAAUCUUCAGAUACAAAUUCUAGUUCAUUGUCAAGUAUUAUUGCUGAGGAAAAUAGUAUAGAUCGGUAUUCAAGUCCUACUAAUUGUGUCUUAAAUACUGUGGAUGGACUGUUACCACUUGUAGAUGAUGUACAAAAUAGACUUCAGCAGUUAACUUUAGAACAUAAGACUAGAGAAGCAGCUCUUCAAAACGAAUUGCAUGUCACUCGGCUAGUACUGUUGCGGCAAGCAAGCCAUCGUUGUAACGGUAUUGAAGCAACAACUAUGCCUGAUGUGAAUGGUCUAUCGAUAGCAGACAAAACUGAUGAUGAUGUAUCCGUGUGUAGCAGCACAGGAGGAGAGACGACAUUGUCAUGGGAACCUGUGGAGUCGUUCGAUGCUCAGCCAACCCUGUGGGUGCCGGAUCACGCAGUUACCCAGUGUAUGUCGUGCGACAACAAGUUUUGGCUGGGAAGACGGAAGCAUCACUGUAGGAGUUGUGGCAAAAUAUUCUGCGCAGACUGUUCACGAAACUUGGUUCCUCUGCCAGCUGAACAACUUUAUGAACCUGUUAGAGUGUGCGAACCAUGUUUUUCAGUCGGAGCUUUAAAGACCACUAGUAACUCGACUACCACCAUCACGUGUAAGCAAGCUGUUGCAGAUGAUCAAAAAAAUGUAAACAUUACUUUACAGCAAGCUCCGUCAAAUUAAAUUAAAACGAAUUAUAAGUGGAAAUUGAUCAAUAUAUACACGUUAUGUAACAUAGUAUUCUGUAUGUGAAUUUUUGUUAAGAAUGUGUCCUAUUACAGGCGUGUUCUACAAAUUUAUUAAUAUAUAUGUAUUUUUUUUUCUGUUUAUUAUUCUUUGUUAUUAUCUAAAAUUUAUUGGUCCACUGACAUUUAAUUACCCCCCCCCCCCCCACCCCUCGAGUAGUAAACAUCUUUACAAGUAUAAUACAUAAGAAUGAUUUUGAGGUGAAGGCUUCUUUAUUAGUGGCUAUUAACUUUUUAUUAUGGUUACCCCACAAGCUGGACUAUUUUUUGUGCACUUAACAAGUAAUAUUUUAAUUGUAUCUGUUAUGUUUUAUCAUUUUAUAUAUUA